CUGGAAGGCAGGACAGACGCUGCCGCCGGCCUGGCGACAGCAGAGCCCGAGGCGAGGCGGCUGCGGGGCCCGCCGAGGCCCGGGGGCGACCGCUCUUCUCCUUCUCUGCCCUCCCCCGAGUAUCGCUCCGCGCCAGAGUUCAGCCGCGGGGGCUUGCCUGAGCCGGGCCUCGCUUGGCUGUCGUCGCCGCCGCUCUCCUGAUUUGGGGCGAAGGGGGCAGGCCCUGGGUCUCAAGCUUGUGGCGUGAGGUCUUGAAACCAGGCGAGGAAGGAACACUCUGUACGUGCACAGAGGCACCGCUCUCUGCUGCCGCGUUAGGCGCCUGUGAAGGGUGACUACUUUGCAUGUGCUCAGAGGCACUACUCCGCCUGCUGUUUGUCAGGCUCUGGCGAAGGCUUAAACGUUUCCACGUGCUGUGAGGCACGGGGCUCUGUUGCAUUAUUGCUCAGGUUCUUGCAAAGAGUCGGUGCUCUGUUAUUUCUGUGCAAGAUGAGAUGCGCUGCUCUGUUCCAUUAUAUCUCAGGUUUUAUGUAGAAUGAGCAUUCUGUACAUGCUCAGAGGCGCAGCUCGCUCUUUGCCUGCCAGCCCUGGUUUAGAUCAAGACUCGAGAAUCGGAGUUACUCUGGAGAUGUGUGGUGGGAAUCUUAGAAGAGCCCUGGCAGAUUGUGAUAAUGCAAGAGUCUUGUGGCACCGUAAAGAUUUGCUGAUCUGGUGUGUGUUAGUACACUUAAAACACAUGUGCAGCUUUAAAGUAGCUGCUUUCAGAUUCUACGCACAAGUGAAGCCUCCACAUUCAGAAACAGUUUACCUCUGAAUGCUGGGGAAGGAGGUGCAAGGGCUUUCAUUGUCGCCCCCACUUCAAAACUUCUUAGAAACACCCAGCUGGUUGCUGUUGGACACUCAGUGCUGUACUAGAAGGACAUUUUGUGUGAUCCAGCAUGGCUCUUCCGAAAAUUGUAGGUGUCAUAUGUGUGAGUUUUGAGGCAAGGACAGCUGGGUGGCAGAGCGCAGCAAAAGUCAAACCAGUCUGGCCAGUUCAACGUUCGGCCAUGUGGCAGGUUGGCUAGCCUGGCGUUUGGGCGGUGAGGCUCUCCAGGCCCAACCCUCCAUGGCAGGUGCCCAAGCAGGAUGGCCAAGUCCCCCUCCACCUGCGUCAUCACAUCCUCGAGGUGUGCCAGCUCAGCCUCCCACCAAAGCAGGCGAUGCUGUUACUGGCACAACGGUUGAUCCCCUGGAAACAUCUGCUCGGUUAGGGUAAAACAGUGGUACAGAUGGCAGGAGGGGAGCAAUCUGGCCUUUUCAGAGUAACGCAGCGUGCUCGGCACAUUUCUGGGGCUGUUCGGGAAGCAAGGAAUAAAUACAACAUUAAUUUCUGUAACUUGGGCAGUCGAAGCAGGUGGAGCAUAGAGCUUUUAAGUGCCAGAUUUAUCGGCUGUAGCUCCCUGUCACGUGCUGUAAGUCUGACUGCUCAGCUCUUAGGUGGUGAGGCUUUUCUUCUGUAGGCUCACCUGUAGCAUUAAUGCUUUCUGUGUUAAAAACACAAAGGCAGAUCUGUUCUGUGUAACAGACGGGAUCUUAGUGUCUUGCUCCAGGAAAUUACUUCCCUUCCAAAAGCUGUGCAUUCCUGACAAGGUUUGUAUCUGCUUCUUCACUCAAAUCAGCAACUUAAAAAAGCCUAGAGCGUUUGCAGAACUCUGCAAGAUAACUUUUUUGCACUUGGUUUCGUAAGUGAAUAAGUGCUCGUUCUUUCUUUGUGUAUUUGAGUUGCUUUUGAAUUGCUUCCCAUAUUUUUAUUUCAUACAAACUGAACAAUUGUGGCCCCUCUAUUUUAUUUAUAAAGGUUCAGUGUAUCUUUGCCUGCCUACAUCAAUCUGCAAGGGAGUUGCAGAAAAGCCUCAUGUUCAUCGAGCCGUGAGUCACAACCAAUUUUUAAAGCUGUUAUAACAAAAAAAAGUGUUUGCUUUUUUCACGAAUAACUUUAAAAGUGUAGUUUAGAAAGAAAAAGGAGAAAAAAAAACAUUUUCAGUAGACACAACAUUAAUCCUGGAUGCUUGCAAAUCCUGAACGAUACACAGACUAGCUUUCUUUUUAAAAAGAAAUUGUCACAUACCAUUACCACUUUGCCUUUACUUCUUAUGUAUCAUUCCCCUGACUUCCUUACUGCAGGUGUGGGCAAGAAAACUUUUCCUUUAAAACUUUUCAACAGCGGGCAUAAAAUUCUGCAGCUGAGGUCUUGAAGAAUGCAGAUGGGUAUAGUAUGUGUUGGAGCUCGCAGUGUGUAUUAACCAACUUUUUUUUUUUUGGUUUUGCUUGUUUUAAGUGGCUCCCGAAUGUAAAAUGUUUUAAGGGGUGGGGAAAGGGGAGGGACAGGGCAAGAUCCUACUUUCCAGGCCAGCAUCUAAAUGUCCCUGUGGCUUUGGGAAGUUCAUUACAUGUUAAUCUUUUUAUGUGUAACUUGGCAGUAUUUAUCCUUUCCAAUACUGGAGGCAGAAUUGCUGCCGAUCAAAACUCCCAGAUGUGGGUAUCGUGAUUCACGGCCUUCAGAUAGCAUGGGUUUUGGUAUCUCCGGACUCAUGCUCUUCAUAUUGAAAAUAGGUGUGGGCUUGAUCCAGACUGCCUUUUGCUGACGACACCAUCUCUUUAUGUAGCUGUUACGGACAACUUUACAAUCUGCACCCUAUUUAGUCACUGGAGAUGAAACCAGACAAAGGGUGAAGUUUACAGAUGACCGGGUCUGCAAGAGCCAUCUUCUGGACUGUUGCCCUCAUGAUAUUCUUGCAGGAACGCGCAUGGACCUGGGAGAAUGUACAAAAAUUCACGAUUUGGCACUGAGAGCAGAUUAUGAGAUUGCAAGCAAAGAGAAAGACCCAUUCUUCGAGCUGGAUGCAAUGGAUCAUUUGGAGUCCUUCAUUGCUGAGUGUGACAGAAGAACCGAACUUGCCAAGAAACGUCUUGCGGAAACACAGGAGGAGAUCAGUGCUGAAGUGGCUGCAAAGGCAGAAAAAGUGCACGAGCUCAAUGAAGACAUUGGCAAACUCCUGGCUAAAGCUGAGCAGCUGGGUGCCGAAGGGAAUGUGGACGAAUCCCAGAAGAUACUGAUGGAAGUUGAGAAAGUUCGAGCGAAAAAGAAGGAAGCAGAGGAAGAAUACCGUAAUUCCAUGCCUGCAUCCAGUUUCCAGCAGCAGAAGCUGCGGGUGUGCGAAGUCUGUUCUGCAUACCUUGGUCUCCAUGACAACGAUCGGCGUCUUGCCGAUCACUUUGGAGGCAAACUACACCUGGGCUUCAUUCAGAUCCGUGAAAAACUGGACCAGCUGCGGAAAACUGUGGCAGAAAAGCAGGAGAAGAGAAAUCUGGAUCGGAUGAGACGGAGAGAAGAAAAAGAGCGAGAUGAACAUGUGGGGCGACGGUCUGGAUCAAGAAACACAGACCGCAGGAGGUCUCGAUCUCGAGAGCGAAGGCGAAGACGCUCAAGGUCCACUUCUCGGGAGAAGCGAAAGUCCCGCUCCAAGUCCCGGGAGCGGGAGAGGCACAGGCGCCACCGCAGCCGUUCUGGCAGCCAUAGCCGAGGCCACCGGCGAGGAUCCAGAGACAGGAGUACAAAGCACAAAUCCACUCGAGAUCAGUCCUCCAGGGAGAAAUCACGGGAAAGAGAGAAGAAAGAGAAAAGUUCUUCUGAAAGAAGGCACGAGAGCACCAACGGCAAAUCUCGUUCGAAGAGGUCGGAGGAGAGGGAAGCUGGCGAGAUCUGAACUCCAGCGAGGCCUCUUAUACUGUAUAUUGUCCUUGAGAAAUGUCUGAUGCAGUCCAAAUGUCUCAUUUCUAUUAACUGAAUACAGCACAUCUUUUGUAGUUUUGGAUUUUUAUUAUUUUUUGCAGAUGGCAGAGCUGGUAUUGUGACAGUUCUUUACCAUUGACCAAGACUUUUAAAAAAGAAUAGAAAUAAACAGUAGCAGCAACCAGUCCUCAACACAGGUGAACGAGGCUUCUGGGAGCUAGUCCUGCGAGGAGUCCUAGCUUGCUAUAGUCUGACCCCUGCUCUCCCCUUGCCUGGAUUUAAAAAUGCCUUUCUGGUGCAGGCAAAGUUAAUGAAAUUCUGAAGGACCUCAAGUUGCGCAGAUGCAUCUCUUCCAAAUUUGGCAAAUCCAUCUUAUGUUCCCUCUUUUUAACAACUAAAUGUGAACAAGCCUAGUUGGUCUCACCACACCAUUUUUCAGAAUCUGUUUUGGGGAUAGUUUGUAUCACAUGGUACAGUCCCCUUUUCCUAAUAUUUAUAGGGGCCCAGUAAAAUAGUACCCAUCUGAUGAAAUGAAUAUUGAUUCUUAACCCCCACCCCCUUCAAAACAGUUUAAUCAGUGGCUGAUUCCGCACACGUUGGAUAAUGCACUUUCAGUGCACUUUAUCAAUCCUUUGAGGUGGAUUUUUUUGUUCCGCCCACAAAAAAAUCCACUCCAAAUGAUCUAUAAAGAGGAUUGGAAAUGCAUUAUCCGACGUGUGCGGAAUCUCUCAAUGUCUGUUUUUAUAGCUUGUGUGUUCAUAUACUCCUGAACUUCAUUUUCUCCCUGAAGCUGGCUCAUGUCCAAAACUGAACAGUUCACAUAGAUGUGUUACCUGAAAGGGGUGUGUGUGUCACAAUUUAUAUGGAUUUUACAUCUUGCCAUUGCAGGUGCCCUUGCGGUAUUCUCCAAAGUGAGGUCUACCUCCUUUUUUAGUGGAAUUUCAAAACCUGGCCUGUGUGCCCCCACGGGGUGAACCAAGAGUCGCCACCCUGAAUUUAUCGUUCUGCUGGCAGAUGCUUCUUCUUGGCUCCUGCUUGUGAUGCUAAGCAUUAAUCGGCUAGUCAUAGGACUGUGGCUCCCUUUAUCCCCUUGGUUAGCUGGUCCAAUAUCUAACUAAUGCAUUGUUGGGUGAAAUCAGACCUCUGUAGGGUUUUGAAGCUGAUGGUCACAGUGGUGCUGUGUCCAGGGCGUGGUUGCGUUUGACUUUGUUUUGGGUAUUUUACCUUGUUUUUCAGUGGAACGUUUCUGCCCCAUGCUGCGGUGGGAGAAUGUCUGUUGCAUUGUACAGGUUGAUUUUUUAUGUUCAUCUUAGUGCCCAUCUAGAAUUUCCUUGUGAUUUUUCCCCGUCACUGUUGCAUUUGCUCUUAUUUAGUAGCAGUUGGAGAGUGUUCUCUAGGCCUUUUUUUUUUUUGGUAGAGGCAGCUGCCAGCUACAUGAGGAAUUCCCCAGCAGAUCCAUUUGGGCCAGAGGCAUUUGUCCCAGUUCAGAUUUAGGCCUGCAUCUUCUCUCUCUCUCUCACUCACACACACAGUGAGUCUGGGGGAUGAGCAGGGUCUUGGUGCAUAUCCUGCUUUCAGAAAGUCAGUAGCCCAAUAAAGGAAACCACCAGGACUGGUCACAUGAAGAGUGCAAAGUAGUUAUCCAUCCCUAAAUGGGAUUUGGUUAUUUGAUUUUAUUUCUUUUUUCCUUUGCUUUUGAUGCAUUUUGAUCUAAAGUUGUGAGUAAAAUGCUGUUCUGUUGCCUGUCUGAUUCACAUUAAAAGCUUACCUUUGUGGCUUGGA